AACUGCGUCUGCAAAUGGCGAAUUUUCUUGGAGGGUUAUCGCAAAUUGCUCCUCGAAUUUUGAUGACUGUAGCUUAUAACUUGGUGUAGUCUGACGUGACACAGCAUAAAAUUAUCCGAGCCAUGUAAGUGGUGAGAGAUGUCUGCAGUUACUACUAAACCAUCUGAUCAGUCUGGACAAAUUGCAAUAGUUCCACCAAUCAUCAUGGGUGGACAAAGGGGGGAUAAUUCUGAUAAAACUACAGAUCAGAAACCAGGUUCUGUGGAACGACGAGACUCUGUGACAUCAAUACCCUCCCCAACACCAAGUGGUAGUUCCCCUGAUCCAGUACAUGAUUUGCCACCAGAGCUUUUGCAAGCUGGGUGGAGAAAGUUUUGGAGUAAAAGGGAAGGGCGACCUUAUUUCUUUAAUAAACUCAAUAAUGAAUCUCUUUGGGAAAUGCCUCAACUUGGCUUUCAUGGUUCUGUGCAUGACCCUAUGACUGAUCCUUUAGGUAUUAACACUCCUGAAGGAACUCCUACACCAGCGACUAAUGAUGUCAGAUUAUCGCGACAAAGUGUAGAAAUGAUUCCUCAAAAUCUGAUCGGUGAUAAAAGAAGGCCUAGUGGUGAGAUGACUUUAGGAAGUCCGUGUAAACGAAUUGCAGCAUUUAACUACAGUCCUUUCUGGAAUUUUGACGUACCUACAAAUUGUGUUAUUCAUGAACGAGCCCCAUUAAUCAUACCAGCUCCUCAUCCUGAUAUUGAACAGAUGCGUGCUCAGUUAACAGCGAAGUUAAGGCAAAACUAUCAGGAACUUUGCAACUCACGAGAAGGUAUAGAAGCACCAGUAGAAUCAUUUAAUCGUUGGCUACUAGAAAGAAAGGUAGUGGAUAAAGGACCUGAUAUGAUGCUACCAUCACAAUGUAUUCCUGAAGUCUCUCAGUCUAUGUAUAGAGAGAUAAUGAACGAUAUACCAGUUAAAUUAGUUAAACCGAAAUAUAUCGGAGAUGCAAGAAAACAAUUAUUCAAAUAUGCAGAAGCAGCGAAAAAAAUGAUAGAGACUAGGGGUAGUACGUCUGAAAGUCGCAAAGUGGUGAAAUGGAAUACAGAAGAUACGUUUACGUGGUUACGAAGACAACAAAAUGCUUCGUAUGAAGAUUUUCUUGAAAGACUGGCACAUUUAAAACGACAAUGUCAACCACAUUUAACUGAAGCUGCGAAAAGUUCUGUUGAGGGAAUCUGUAAAAAAAUAUACAACCAGUCGUGUGAAGCAGUAAAAAGAAUAGUAGAAAAACACUGGGAAAUGUUAAAAGAAAAUAACAUACAUAGAAUGGAUCCAUUACCCGAACCACCUAUCCCAAGAAAAGUUUUAUGUUAUUCAAUUCAAACAGCCAUCCCUUCUCCCCGCCCUCCAAUAAUAGAACGGGCAGCAGACAAUGAUAUCAUAUCACUACGCUUUAAAAAUGAAACAGUCAAAAUCAACAAUUCACAUUUUCACAAGUUGGAACAAUUAUAUAAAUUAAAUUGUCGAGAUGAUCCCCGGUUUGAACAGUUCUUGUUACGUGUUUGGUGUUUAUUAAGGAGAUAUCAAACAUAUUUUGGUAUCCAUACAAAUGAAGGAUUUGGUCUCCAAGGGGCAUUACCUGUUCCUGUUUUUGAGUGUCUUCAUCGUGUAUUUGGUGUUACGUUUGAAUGUUUUGCUUCACCGUUAAAUUGUUAUUUUAGACAGUUCUGUUCAGCUUUUGGUGAUACUGAUGGCUAUUUUGGUUCUCGAGGGACUAUUUUAAAUUUUUUCCCUAAAAGUGGUUCAUUUGAAGCAAAUCCUCCAUUUUGUGAGGAGUUAAUGGAAGCAAUGGUAGAUCAUUUUGAGAGUUUAUUACAUGAGUCACAGGAUCCGUUGUCUUUUAUUGUAUUUGUACCUGAAUGGAGAGAUCCACCUACUGAAGCCCUCAUGAGAUUAGAAUCCAGUCCAUUUAAGCGAAAACAGAUAACUUUUCCAGCUUAUGAACAUGAAUAUAGAAAUGGUUUUCAACAUAUUUGUCCAAAAACUGAUGUGAAUGUGAAGUCUUUACAUGGUACUCUAGCCAUAUUUCUACAGAAUGAUGCCGGUUAUGCCAAGUGGGGACCAUCAUCUGAAAGAGUAAAAGAACUUUUAUUAGCUGCUAAAGCAAGAGACCCACUACCCUAAAGAUACAUUAUGUAAGAUUUAGAUAAAGAGCUGACCAUUCUUGCUAUAAUAGCUCAAAAAUAGAUAAAUGUGAAAUGAAAAAAUAGAAAAUUUCAUUCAAAUUACUUCAUUCUGAGCCAAGUUAUCACUGUUCGUAGUGCAGUUUGGUAACCAGGGCACUGGUAUAUAUUCGAGACUUAGACUCACUUUCCCAUUUUUAAAUUAAAUUUAUAAAUGGUGAACUGUUCUAAUGUAGUUAAAAUCUCGAGUAUCCGAUGCUAUCGAGAGUUGAUUAUUGUCUGGAUAAGUUAAAUAAUGUCUAAUAAAGAAUUUAGAUAACAUUUGAGGCCUAAAGAAAGACCUGCAAUAGGCAGAUUUAGCUCUUGUAUAAUAUAUGUUUAAUCUAGCCAAAACUCAGUUUCACAUAUUUCACGGCAACACUAAAACAAAAAAAGGUUAGUGCAAGGAGAACAAUGUAUAAAUAAUGCGUCCACCUUCCUUUUUAAACGACCAUUUUAAAGGUAGAAAAGGGAUUAAAAAAAAAAAAAAUAGAGUCUGCUGCCUGGAUCGUUAGAACAAAAGAUAUGAUAUGCAAAUGAAAUAUAAUUCUUUAAACAAAUUUACGAAACUGUAACCAAUCAACUUAGUAAUUAUUUUAUUUUAUUGUUACCCAACAGAAAUAUGGAUUAUGAUUAACAUGUCAGGCAAUAGUUCGCAUUCAGCACAUUAUUUUCUUGUUCACUAGCAAUCUGAUUAAAACACAGAUCCUAUUUCGUUUUCUGGUUUCGCGUUGUAUCAUAAGGUCUGUCAUUGAGUCAACUGGCGUGGUUUUGAUUGCCCGGUUGUAUGUGACAAGGAGUAGGAUAGUCUGUCCAACCUCGUGGGUUUUCUACGGGUCCUCAGGUUUCCUCCCACUGCUAAAGACCCCUACGCGCAAGCGAAUUAUUGAAAUAAAAUUAAACCAUAUGUUAGUCCCGAAAUGACCUAGUUUGUGUCGAGUGGACGUUAAACCCCAUUUCUCUCUCUCUCUCCUAUUUCGUUUCGUUUUUUAUAGUUCAAAAUUUCAUUUUACUUGUCUUCACAACACUAGGAUCUGGAAGAGUUGUUAUAUAACCCACAUUCUGGAUGAUGUGAGCAAUUAGCCAAUGAAACAGUAUGUUACUGCAAUUUCUUGGCAUAAGGUACACGGAACUGUGGGUAUCCCACUAGAAACAUCAAUGCUGAUUAGUUAAUCAAAUUUCUGACGUCAUAGGAUCAAAAGCCGCUCAUCUGACCUCUGACACGACCUUAAACUACAACCGGUCAGAACAGAUCUUCGUGUAGAAGAGGCCAUCGAAAGUAUAAAAAAACAAAACGAAAUAUAGAUCUGUAUUUUUAUCAGAUUGGUAUAUUAAGUUACAGAAAUUUGAUAAACAUAGAGUAAUAGUAGAAAAAUUUAAUUACGCAAGUUGGCAAAUGAAAGUGCACUUAUGUUUAAAUAUUUUAUAAAUUAUGUCGAAUUAAGAAAUGUAGUAGACAACUUAUCGUCAUUGAUAACAACUUUAUUUUAAUUUUGCUGUAAGAAUUUAUACCCACAACAAGAGUGCAAUAUUACAUAAAUAACACCACUUUCAUCUGGCCCCGAGUUCUCAAAGCAUUCUCAAACUUUAAGUUAAGAAUUUACUCAAAAUUAUUUACCUUAUUUUAACUAAAAUAUAGCCCUUUAUAAAACUUUUGCUGUUUUAAUGUAUCAAAUACACCAAUAAGAAACUAUGUGCAAAGUUUUGUGUUUCUGGAUGAAAGAUAUUCCUUAUAAACAGUGAUUGAAAAUUGAGUAAUUUCUCAACUUAAGUCUGAGAAUGCUUUGUGAACUCGUUGCCUGGUUUAACUAUUAGAGAUAAAACUGCCGAAUUGUCUAUCUACCAGACAUAAUCAUCGUAUUAUAUCAGUUCGCAAAAAUCACACAUUUGAUUUGUAUUACAUGAAAUCAAAUUUCAUGUAAAUUUACCACUUAUUUAUAUAUUUUGAAUUCGAUUCUUUAUCAAACUUUUUAUCUAUCACAUAUUUUCGAUUAUUUCAUUCACAGGAAUGAUAAUUCAGGUUUGUUAUUAAACCACUGUGUUCAAGGUUAUGUUAAUGAUAUAAUGAAUUACGAUAUAACAAGAAAUUUAUGUGACAUAAAGAUUGACUCUUUUAAUACAGGGGGGUUUGGAUGGCCAAAUGGUUGGCGCAUGCGCGUUGUAUCAUAAGGUCUGUCAUUGAGUCAACUGGCAUGGUUUCGAUUCCCCGGUUGUACGUGACAAGGAGUAGGGUCGAUUAUCCAACCUCCUGGUCCUCUAGUUUGCUCCCACUGCUAAAGCCCCUACGCGUAAGCGAAUUAUUGAAAUAAAAUUAAACCAUAUGUUAGUCCCGAAACGACCUAGUUUGUGUCAAGUGGACGUUAAACCCCAUUUUUCUCUCUCUUUUAAUACAUACUGAAAUUAAUGCAACCCAACAGUAUCACACCAUUAAAAAUCCUUGAAGUAUUGUGAAAGUUAAAUAAGUAAAAGAAAGGAUUAUAAAUCAAUAAUUGGUUCAGUUCCAAUCAAUAGUUACAUUCAGCAUUCCUCUCCAGAGGAUAUAAACAAUCUGCAGAUGAUAUAAACAAUCUGCAGAUGAUAUAAACAAUCUGCAGAGGAUAUAAACAAUCCAGCGCAACCUACAAGUAUUAGGUGUAAAAAAAAAAAAAAAAUUCAUGGACCUCUUUUCAAGCCAAAUGAAUCCAAACUCAUAAAAAUUUGUGGCCAGGAAAUUAAAUUCUUGUAAAUAAGACACUCAUUAUCAAAAAUAAUCAGUCAGCUUUAAACAGGAUACAAGUAUUAGUAAAAAAUUAGUUGAUUUUUGAUGACUUUAAAUGAUUUUUAAGAAUUUUUAAAAAAAAGAAAUUAGUGCUAAAUACACAAGAUUAAAUGAUACCUGUGUUACUGGGACGUCUCAUAUAAAUUUCUUGUUUUAUCAGUAGUUAAUUAUUUGUUAUAUUGUUUACGAAGAUUUUAAUUAAAUUGUUAAUUUCAUGUGUAAAUAACCAUCAAUUAUUUUGUCCAACCAGUUGAAAUUACAUUACCGGUAUAUAUAUAUGUUUACCUCUCAUUAUAAAAGAUAUAGAACUGUGCCCUUAUUCACGAAAACUUACAACUAAGAUUCAAUCGAAAUUUUAAGAAAUACUGCAAUUCGAUUGGCUGACCAGUAAAAUCAAUUUGCAUAUAUCCAAUGAAGUUGCAGUAUUUCUUAAAAUUUCGGUUGUAACUUAGUUUAAGUUUUCGUGAAUAAGGGCCCAGGUCUAUGUAUGGUCUAUCACUAGAGAAGAGCUUUGCUUCUGCCUCAUAUAAUUAUUCGCUGCGUUUUCUGUGGUAGACGAAAACCCCUUCUGAAAUUGGAAGAGGUUGUAACAGAUUGUUUUUCAAGUGGCACGCAAUCUGAUUAAAACACAGAUCCUGUUUUGUUUCGUUUCGUUUUUAUAAAGUUCAAAAUUUUGUUUUACUUGUCUUUACUACACUAGGAUCUGGAAGAGUUGUUAUAUAACCUGCAAUCUGGAUGAUGUGAGGGAUUAGCCAAUGACACGGUCUGUUAUGGCGAGUUUUGGGCGUGAGUUGCACGGAACUUUGGGAAAACCACUAGAAAACAUCAACGAUGAUUGGUUAAUCAAAUGUCUGACGUCAUAGGGUCAAAAGCCGCUCAUAUUACCCCUGACGUGACUUUCCAACAAAAACCAGUCAGAUCUUCAUGUAGUAGAGAUCAUCAAAAGUAUAAAAAAACGAAACGAAAUAUAGAUCUGUAUUUUAAUCAGAUCGAGUUUCACCAUGUUGACUAUUUUUCAAUUUAAACCGGUUAAGAUAUUUUGUGUUCACUGUACACAAACAAGGGUUGUUUUAAUGUAAUGUUAUUGUAUUCAAAUCUGACGUACGACCUACAGUAUCUAAUCUUAUGUCUUAUAGAUAAUUGAAAUAUACUGUCAAAAUUUGCUGACAAAUAAUCAUGGCCACAGCUCCCAUAUAAGUAGUGGUUAGAUAUGUUGGAAUACUCAGUGUUGUAUGUGCAUGCAUGGAAAAUUUGGAUUAGGUUGUAUUUGAUAUUUUUGGAAGUCCUGUAUUAUAUAUUCAUUGCCACGAUCACUGCUCCUCGAAUUGAGUUCAAUGUUAUCAGAUUUAUAUUCAUGUCCUGUAAGGCCAGGGUGUUGGGUGGCCGAAUGGUUAGCGUGUGCACGUUGUAUCAUAAGGUCUUGUCAUUGAGUCAUCUGGCGGGAUUUCCAUUCCCAGGUUGUACGUGACGAGGAGUAGAGUCGCCUGUCCAACCUCGUAGGUUUUAUCUGGGUCCUUCGGUUUCCUCCCACUGCUAUUGAAAUAAAAUUGAACCAUGUUAGUCCCGAAAUGACCUAGUAUGUGUUGAGUGGAUGUUAAACCCCAUUUCUCUUUCCCUAUAAGGCCAUACUAAAAAAAACUUUCUGGUUCUUAGCAAAAAUCUAUUUCUUUUUAUUUUGUCAAAUGAUCACUUUAUUUAUCUUAUCAAAUUGUUUACAGAAAAUGUAUGAUUAUCCAGUACCAUUGAUCAUUGUCUAUAACAUUUAUAAGGUUGCAUACUUGAUAAAUGAGUCUACACAACAUUCAUGAAUUCAUUCAAAUUUUUUUUUUCUUAUGGAGUCACUUCCUGUAACCUGGGUAAAACUGUUUUGAUUUUGGAUUAUUUGAAAUAAAGAAGUAUCAUGUUGUCCUAUUGGAGUUAAACAGAAUUAUCCAAGAACAAGAAUAUUUUUUUUAUAUGACCUAAAGUGGCAAUUGUUAAUUUUUUUAAUAAACCUUCUAUUUCCUAUGACAGAAAAAAAGGAAAAUGUAUCUGCAGUGUUUAUUAUAUGUGUUUGUGAGAAAAGAAAAUGAAAAAAGAAAAAAUUGUUACGGACACGGGGCAAAAAUAUGUAUACAUGUAUAUGACUUUGUGUGAAAAAUAAAUGAAAAAAGAAAAUUGUUAUGGACAGGGGGAAAAAUAUGAAAAAAUUUCUUAUUAUUUGUUAGAGGAUUAUCAUAGAAAUUUAAAGAAUUGGUUCUGUGAGAAUGUUGUUAGUAUUGUUUUCUGAGCAACAAAGGAAAAAAUAAUGUUAAGGACAAAGGGAAAAAUAUGAAAUUUUUUCUUUGUUAGAUAAUUAUCCUAGAAAUUUAAAGAAUUAGUUCUGUGAAAGUGUGGUUAGUAUUGUUUUGUUUUUUUAGUAACAAAGGAAAAAAAAAAUGUUAAGGAUGAGUGUUAUAUUUGAAAUAAUAGUAAUAUUUGUGUGGCUAUUUCCUGUAUAUAGAUGUUAAAGUAUAUAUGGUGUUAUUGUUCUGUUUUAUCACAUGUAUAUCAUAGUUUUUAUAUAUUAGUAGAUUUCUAUUCAUCCUUCAUUCAUUCAUCUGUAUAUAGUUCAUCAUCAUUAUAUAUUCAUUCAUGUAACAUUCUGUAAAUAAUGGCUUUAGUAGUUUCGCUUUAGUUUUAAUAAAUCAUGGUAGUUUAAACUUGUAAAUAAUAAACCUAUUUAUUUUAGGAUAUUAGAUUAAUUUUACAUUAAGUUCAUUUUAUUUUUAAGUAUGUAAAAAGAAAUUUAAAAUUUUCUUCAAUAAUUUUGUUGGUUUUUUUUUACUUUUUAAAUAAAAAAUUAUACUGAAUCAUGUAUUGUUUAUAGAGUAUGUCCGUUUUAAGUAUCAUGGAAAUUUGAUUAAUAUUGGAAAUAUAUAUAAAAAUAUUAAUGUUGAUUUAGAGAUUUGUUUGUAGAUAAAAAUGAAUUUAAUAUAGUUUUUAUAAUGAAUAGGAAUAGCUAAUGUUUGUCUUUGUACUGUGUACAGGGGCGGAUCCUGGAAUUUUUGCAGGAGGGGGUUUGCCAGGCUCCUGUUAAAAAAAUUUGACAGCUGACAAUGCAUGAUGCCAUCAUCGUCUCUAAAUUACGUAGGCAUACAUACAAAUUGAGCUUUUAAAGAGAGAAAUCCAACACCGCGUUCGACGUCAAUUUUUAUAGUGAAUAAAUAGGAUCACAUUGUGAUUCAAUUUCAUUGAUAUAAAGCAUUCAAUUUUAUUUUUUUUAGCCGAGAAGGGGACCCCCCCACCCCCCCUCCUCUGGAUCCGCCCCUGGUGUAUAUUGGUUUUAUUGUCUGGUGGAUCUGAAUGUUAUAUGUAACAAAAUCUAUUGCAGGGUUUACAAAAAAUUUAUUAAUUCCAUCAAUUGUAAAUUAGCUAAAACAAUCAUGUCUUAUUUUUAGAAUCGUCUGGGAGUUACGAGACAUUUGUGUUCAACUAAUAUAAAACUAGCAGGUGCUUGUUUUCACUGUGUCACAGACAGUAGUGUAACGUGUAUAUGCAUUGAUCCAUCGAUCAUAUUUCUAUUGUUUAAUUGUUUCACCUUCUGAAUGGAAUUUUUAUUAAAUGGUUUUUUUUUUAACCUUGAAAUUAUGGACAAAAAAAAAGAUAGUAAAAUAUAAAACGCAUUGUUUUCUGUUUAUAUAUUUAUUACAUAGACUAUGAAAAGAAAGUGUUCAUUUAUGACUGGCAUGGGUUAUGGUCUACUCUUUGUAGUAAUAUGAAGAGCCCCGGUAGGGGAAGAAUGAUCUAAGUCACUUUUUCAACAAACCCCAGUUAAUGUUGCCAUCUGGUAGCAAAUUGUAUAAGCUUUCUGUGGAACAAUCAAUUUCAGGUAAAAACGAUCAGUCACAUCGAACCAAUUUAAGGCCCUUCUGAAAUGGCCUCCCAGACAAAUACAAGUCCAUCGUACCCUUGAUUUGUCCUUAAUUUGGCUGAAAAUUGGAAGUCAGUUGUUGUACUGGUAAUUAUGGUUUGUAUUAAACAUCAUUUUAAAGUUGUAAUUAAACCCAUUUGUUGUUCUGUUCGCGUCAAGCAUUCUCGUCCCAAAGUCUGUUUUGCAUUUUAUGCGUAAAGACAAAAAUGUGACUUAAAUCGUUCUCCCCCUGACUUUUCAUAUAUUUUACAAUUUCACUAUUCUAAUUAGAGGGACAACACAAAGAAUUAAAAAAAAUAUGUAUUUUAGAUUUAAAAUAUGAUUGUUAACGAAAUGUUUAAACCAAUGAAGAGUGUUGUAAAAAUAGAAAUAUGAUAAUUUGACAUUAAUUUUACUGUAGAGUGAGUAUUAUAUAUUCCAUGUAGAUUAAUGUGAAUAAUUUUAUCAUGUAUUGGAUUAAAUUCAUUGUUACAAAAUUAAAUAUAUGGUCCAGGAUAUUAAAAACAUAUACAUAAAAUAAACAUAUUUCUUGGGGGUUUUUA